AUGAAUCACACAACGUUGCAGCGCCACCCCAAAUGCUCGGCAUUUUAUGCUAGUCACCUUCGUCGUGACUCGGAAGCCUUGAGACCGACCGAAGCUUGGGCUACAAGUGUCACUUACUUGGCCAAUGUGACGGUUGAAGUGACCACAAAGGCGUUGACUCGAGACGCGUCUACUUUUGCAAUCACUGUCCACGAUACUAAAUCCAGCUCGACAUGGCGCCACCUCCGAUCUUAUACCGAGUGUCGAGCAUUUCAAAGUCGAAUACUCGAAAUGCUGAGUCGGGGUCACCUCUGCUUUGCAGAGUGUCCGUGGCUGUAUGCGUACGUGCAAAGAGCUCUUCCAGGCGAACAUAGGUAUCGUCAUUUGUUCCUAGUCGCGGGUCAAAGCUCUAAACCUCGCGUCGUAGAGAACCAGCGACAAGCUCUUGCCAGGCUUUUUACGACUUUGCAACGGGUUCUGCUUAACCCACUCAAUCAGAAAUGCACCGUGUUGAUGCAACAAGUUGCGCUGGAAGUGAUUACGUUUAUUACGAAUCAAAUCGACGUAAACGGUCGAAAGCCUUUGAGCUCGCCUUUGUGUGACCGACAACUGGCAAAAACGUUUUCUGAAGCCUACAUGUUCGACACUACUACAGUCUACAAGAAAAUGGACGAAAGAUUCCAGCAGACCAGCACUACCACCACAGCAAGUCUUGAGGAUCUGGACAAAGACUACUACGUCGAAGAAAAUGACUCUAUGUAUGAUGUAAACAAUGUUGUGGCUGGACAACGCGUGUGUUGUGCCAUGUGCGCCUUGCAGAACGAGCGCUCCGACGAGCAAGUUUUCGCCUAUUGGCGAGCGAAGACCAUGAGCAGUCAUCACACGAAAAUACGAGCAAAAUCUGUAGCCAGAUGGGCUUCGAUCGUUGGCAAGCGCCCGUUGCAGAUGCGAUCGCAGACCCAACAGAAUGUCGUGUGGGAGUCUCCUGCAUUUUCGCAACGAGUGACGUCUCCUUUGGAAAUAGUAGCAGCUCAAAUAGAUCAGUAUUUGAACACCCCGGUCACAAUGGAACACGACGGGACUCCAAAAGACCCUUUCCCAGGGUCCGCAUGCACUCCACGCACCCUUAAAGAAAAAAUUGAAUAUUCAACCCAGGAGUCGAUAGCGUCAUCUUCGACGGCCUCGUCAGUGUGUGAGUUCAAUUUUGAGAUGCUGGACAAUUGCCGCCUAUCAAGUGCAGUACCUUCGCCUAUGGAAGACGCUGACGCCGCUUCUGCAAUAAAAAUGUCGCGGUGUUCGGGAGUCAAGAAUAUUCGUCGGAUGCCAUUUCGAUCGCUCCUAAUCCUCAACCAAAUUCGAAAUAAGUUUAGAACCAAGCACUGCACUGGAAGCUCCAAUGUGGACGAUGGACGAAACACUAUGCUCCGGAAAGGUGUUCAAUGUUAUGGUGCGCGUCGAUGGAACUGCAUUGCUUCGUUAUUCCCAAAUCGCUCGAAACAUUCGUGCUUGAUUCGCUGGAAUGAACUGCAAAAUCGCUGGACAGUUUCUAGUCGACAACUAUGGACCGUAGAAGAAGACAAAUCUUUGCUUAACUCGGUGAAACUAUUUGGAGCAAGGCAAUGGGCAAUCGCGGCUUCUUUUCUGUCUGGACGGACACCGAAGCAGUGUCGAGGGCGGUGGCACAACCACCUGGACCCAUCUAUUAAGCGUGGUGUUCGGUCCGCCUAUGAGGACGAGCUACUCGUGACAGUGCAACGAAAAUUUGGGAAUUCGUGGACACCCAUUGCUUCGCUAUUGCCCGGACGCACUGACAAUGUGAUAAAGAAUCGAUGGCAUUCUGCUCGAUUACGACGUUACAAAUACAAAAAGGAUGAUAGGAUGACACAACAGAAAAAAAGCGUCUGUGAAAGAUUCUUGGUGUCUUUAGCAGAAGAUUCACCUGUGAUGAAGAAUAAUCCGACUUUACCUCUGGUAAAAGAUGAUGUGCUACAAGAAUGA